UCCGCCCCGGCACAAACUCGCUCCUCGCGUUCAUUUCAUUCCUCAUCUCAUUCCGGACAUUCUUCGCAUCACUGUCCGCGCGGCGCCGACUCCACGUACAUUUCACACGGCCGGCCCCAGAAAGGCGACAAAUAAACUUUGCAUAGUUUACCAAAAUUAAAAAGCUCUGUCUAUUCAGUAAAGGAAAACAAAAAGGGCGAAUAAAAAACAGUCACAAUAACAAAGGUAUUUGAGUGGUUUUAGCUGGGAGUCGCAGAUCGGAGUGGAUCCUUUUCGGAAGUCAGCAGAAACAUUGUUUUCCAAGAAGACUUGUUGCACCUUCGAGAUCCAGCGCUUCUCCAGCCUUACCCAUCGGUUUAAUUAAGUUUCUCCCCAGUCGGCUCCAGGCUGCGGCUUGGAGGACCAAACCGCCACCAUUGAUCCCAGCAGCUGGAGCGGCAGCGAGAGUCCUGCCGAGGACAUCGAGAGGAUGAGCGACUCUGCGGACAAACCUAUGGACAACGAUGCGGAGGGGGUCUGGAGCCCGGACAUUGAGCAGAGCUUCCAGGAGGCUCUGGCCAUCUACCCGCCUUGUGGACGCAGGAAGAUCAUCCUCUCCGACGAAGGCAAGAUGUAUGGGAGAAAUGAGUUGAUAGCCAGAUACAUCAAACUACGAACGGGAAAGACAAGGACGCGGAAGCAGGUGUCUAGUCACAUACAGGUCUUAGCAAGAAAGAAAGUUCGCGAAAUCCAAGCUGCCAUCAAGGUACGUCUGGCUUUGCCCAGUUGCAGGGGGGCUUUUCAUCGCCAUGGUUACAGGCUGUUCCUUUGUUUUCCUCCCUUCCCUACUCUGCAGGUGUCUAGUCACAUUCAGGUUCUUGCCAGAAGGAAAUCUCGUGAGUUUCAUUCCAAGCUAAAGGUCACGAGCAUGGACCAGACGGUAAAGGACAAGGCCCUGCAGAGCAUGGCCUCCAUGUCGUCGGCCCAGAUCGUCUCUGCCACCGCCAUCCACAACAAGCUGGGCCUGCCGGGCAUCCCGCGUCCCGCCUUCCCCGGGGCGCCUGGGUUUUGGCAGGGAAUGAUAUCGACAAGCCAGCCCGGAUCAUCACAAGACAUUAAACCAUUUGCCCAACAAGCUUAUCCCAUUCAGCCAGCCGUAACAACGCCCAUUUCAGGGUACGAGCCCCCCACUGCCCCGGCCCCCACCGUCCCAGCCUGGCAGGGCCGCUCCAUCGGCACCUCCAAGCUCCGGUUGGUAGAGUUCUCCGCCUUCCUGGAACAGCAACGGGACCCGGACUACAACAAGCAUCUCUUUGUGCACAUCGGACAGACGAAUCACUCCUACAACGAUGCCUUGCUGGAGUCGGUGGAUAUUCGUCAGAUUUAUGAUAAAUUCCCCGAAAAGAAGGGGGGCUUGAAGGAGCUCUUUGGCAAAGGCCCGCAGAAUUCCUUUUUCCUUGUAAAGUUUUGGGCCGACUUGAACUGUAAUAUACAGGAUGACACAGGGGCCUUCUAUGGGGUGACCAGCCAGUAUGAGAGCUCCGAGAACAUGACAAUCACCUGCUCCACAAAGGUGUGCUCCUUUGGAAAGCAAGUAGUGGAAAAGGUGGAGACUGAAUAUGCGCGGUUUGAGAAUGGACGCUUCGUGUACAGAAUAAGCCGGUCGCCCAUGUGUGAAUACAUGAUCAACUUCAUCCACAAGCUGAAACACCUGCCAGAAAAGUACAUGAUGAAUAGUGUUCUGGAGAACUUCACUAUACUGCUGGUGGUGACGAACAGAGACACGCAGGAGACACUGCUGUGCAUGGCGUGCGUGUUCGAGGUGUCGAACAGCGAACACGGGGCUCAGCAUCACAUCUACCGGCUGGUGAAGGAAUGAGAACCCGCACGGCCUUUUCGCAGAAACACCUUUCACUCACACAGACUGAGAACCUCAGCAACAGCGGCAGUGCCUCUAAAUUAAAAUCAGACCCAGAUUGCUUUUUCGGUCAUGUUUGGGUGAAGCCUAUUAUUAUUAUUACUAUUAUUAUUAUUACUAUUAUUAUUUGACUUAAUGUAUAUGUGUAUGACUGCAGCUGUGAAUUGCGGUACAGUUGUAUUAUGUUUUGAUACAGAAGUUCAAUUUAAUGGAUGACUAGUCAAUGUUUGUAGGAAGAUGUAUAUAUGCCAGUGGCAGCGCAUAACGGAAGACAGAGUUCUCUGUUGGAUUGAAUCUGGGCAACGGAAUAAUUUUCCUUUUGUUUUCAUAUUGUAAUGUCAAUUAAGGAAAAAAAAAUUAACAAAGAAUAGUAGCUUUGUUUUCAUGGGUUAUGUAAACUACAUUAUAUGUAUUUCGAGUGUGUAUUUGUGUGGUCGCUUGUGUGUUUGUAUAUAUGUAUAUACAUACACACACAUACAUUUUCCAAAGAGAAGUAUUUGAAAUAUAUAAUUUUUUUUCGAUAAGUACAUUUACAAAUGAAAGCUAUUUAGAAUGAAAGAUUGUGAAUACUUAUCACAACAAGGACACUACACAACAUUUGUAGCUUUCAGGGAGGUAAGAGACCCCAGAAAAGUAAAGUAAAAUGCUCCACAUCACUGAGUCAGGUGACAUACAUACAGAAGAGUGAAUGCACUGUGAUAAUAUCUAUGUAUUUACGGCAUAAACAUGUCUGUCUCGGCCCAAGCCUGGACAACGCUUGCAUUGCAAUAAGAAACUCAUUGAACUUACCCCUUUAAAUUAUCCUGUGCUGUGCAAAUGUUUAUUUCUCUCCCCCCCCCUCCCCCCACGUGAAUGGGAAACAAAAAGAAGGUCUUUAAGAACAUAUAACGCGAGAGACAAGAGCACUGCUUUGGAGUGGAACGUCACCCUGUCCUAAGCACUUGGGUUUUCUGGUAGGACAUGCCUUACUGAGGUUAGCUGUUGUUUUUGCCUUUUAGACUAUAGACAAAAGAAAUGUAUGUGACAGAAGACAGGGGCUGACAACUGUAGGAGUAGCAGGAAAAUGGGAAACCAUGUGAUUUUAGUGGCUGUCAUAUUGUGUGUAAUUCCAGAACAAGCUAUAUGUUUGGCCACUUUUUCCCCCCUUUUUUGUUAUAUAAGAAAUCUUAUCCAGUGUCAGUUGGUUGCUGCCUUUACAUAACUCAAACCCUAUAAAAUCUGUGGCCUAUGUUAUUAGUUUUCUACAACUCUGAGCCUUAAACGUGGUGGUGUGAAUUCCAAAAGAUGCCAUUAAAGCUGUGAGCUCUUUCCUAAGCUGGAAGACUUUCUUGUUAUCAUAGCAUGUGGGACUUUUUACAGUACAGAACUGCCAAAGUAUAACUGUAUACUGUGCCUUAGUGUAUGUUGUAACACGAAACGUCAUUUCUGUCGGAGCACAUCUUUUCAUUUCUGAAACGAGAUCAGUUUUUGUGAAUAAGAAACAUACUUUUCUUUGAAAUAUACAUGCCAACCGUAACCAUACUUUAUCGAAAGUAUCUAAGUUAAAAAAAAAUAUAUCUAAAUUUUUUCAACAUCUGAUCAUAAAAUGACUUUUGUGGGAUUUAUUUUUCCAGAGUAAAACAAUAUAUACAAUACUGAUUUUUGCCUUUUCCUGCUCUAAAAGACCAAAAAUGUAUAGAGAUUUCCUAGAUCUCAGAUAAUUUCCUGCACUGUAGCAUGAAGGUGCCUUUGGUUUGGAAUCUCCAGCUUAGAAAAGACAGAAGAAAAAAAAACUUAAGAAUCACUAAUUGUAGCAAAACCAAAAAAGAGGAAAAAAGUAUAUGGGAAAAAACGGAUCACCACAUUGCCUUUUUAGGUUUUGUAAUAAAUUAAGGAACAUGUGUUUCAAUGGAGAUAGAAAGAUUUAUUACAGCGACAAUUUGCUAUACGUUAAAAUGGAAAACGUAUAUUUCAGUGAUGAUGGCUCCUUUGAGCUGCAUUCAUAAGCAGGAAAACAAUUUAGCAGAAUUUUUUAACCUGUGCUGCUUACAUCAUUUUCUGAACGAUAAGUACAGUGAUUAUUGGUUUAAUUAGUAUUAACUGCCUUGGACCUCUUAAUUGUCCCUUAAAGAUAAAUGGAAAAAGUAGUGAACUCACAAGAAUCACCAGUUUUGGGUUAAAACUGCACUUGAUACAUAACUUGAUUGCAUAGAUACUGCUGUUAAGGGUUGUUACCCAACGUUGAACACUACAGAUAAAGUUUUUAUAUUCUUAUUUUUAAAAAUAGAAUAGCCAACCACAUUUGGCCUGGAUGAGUUCUGUGUUGCAGUGCUGAAAUGGAGAUCAUCAGGGCGUAGACGCCAAGGUGAAUGUUACUUGACUGUUAGAAUACACACUAACUUACAUGCAACUGACAGAAUGGACAUUGAUUCCCGAGCUGCUAGUUAAUCACUUCUGAAAUAAUGAAUCUUGUUUUUCUAGGUGCCAGAAUAAACCCCUGUCCUUAUUUUGUCCCUGUUCUUGUUCAGCUAUACCAGUCUUUGGCUGGCAUGUCAGUUCCUCAGUUUUAGAGAUUUAGAGUAAUAUCCUCAGUGGUCUCAUACAAUGGCAAUGGUUUUAGAGCAACCUAACUCAAUAGAGGAAAACGAAUCCAAACUAUGUUCGCACAGCGUGGCGCCAUGUGCCUGGAGUAGACUAUGGAGUUUUGUAUUAUUUACAAUCAAAUAGACUUUGUCUAACCUCCUUUUUGGUGUAUGACAGCUGUCUUGCCCUGUGUACUUUAUGAAUAACUUAAUGAGGUAAACUCAGUUCCUGUUUUAUUGUGCUACAUGUAUGCAACAGUUUUUUGUGAUGACUUCAUUAUUCUCUGGACUUAAGUCAGUGGUUAUACUGUUACUGCUGCACUGCUGGUACAUUUGGUAAGUCGGUUCCAUUUAGAAACCUCUUGAGAUGCCUCCUUUAAGUGGACAUAAAAUUUUAUUACCUUUUACAUAAUGAAUGUUUAGAUGGUGUUUUAUUAAUAUGGACACUACAUGAGGACGUCUACAGGAAUUUCGACGCAAACAUAUCAGCAGUUUAGCUCUUGUCAUGUUUGUAUUUGUCUGUUUGUAGGUACUGGUACCUUUUGUUUAUUACCAUUCUCAAUGUUGGCUUUAAAGUGAACUUCUUAAAGCUCAGAUAGCAUCAUGAAAACUAUUGGGUUUGUGUGCAGAUUUUAAAGGUGCUUUGUAUAAAGAAAAAUCAUGUAUCCUGGCUUCUCUGGGCACAAAAUUGUGUGAAACCUUUACUAUCCAUAACGAGGGUAAGCGGAGGGGCAAGAAAAGUGAAAAGAAAAUUGCUUAGUGUGUGUGUGUUCAUUACUGCAAAUGGUCUCGUCUUUGCUCCGUAACAUUUUGAUGCCUUCUUGAUACAGUGGUAGAUAUUUUGUAGCUUUCUAGAAAAUUUGUAUGCAGAUAAUAUCAAAUGAAAAUAAAUGAUAAAACAGUG